AACAGCAAGCAUAGCUACACGGGAAAUGGGCGUCGUGGCGGUGAGGAAGUCCUCGACGGUGGUCGUGAGGCCGCCACCGGAGCCGGCGACGGCCACCGUCAACAUCAACCUCUCGCCUUUGGACAAGAACGUCAUGUCCGUGCCAGCCGCGGUGUUCAUGGUGUUUGACCGCCCAAUCCACCAACCCGGUGCGACCAUAGAGAAGGCUCUGUCCCAAGCUCUAGCCCACUACUCCGCAGUCUCCGGCCGCCUCGCCGCCGGAGCUGAGCAGGGCGAGUUCCACAUCAGGUGCACCGGCGAGGGCGUCCCGUUCGUGGCCGCGGCCGCGGACUGCGCUCUCAAGGACGCCGAGUUCUUCGGCCGGUCGGCGGCCGGCGCGCUGCUGGAGGAGCUGGCCAUCUACUACCCGGCCGAGCACUGCGGUUUCGGUGACCCUCUGCUCAUGAUGCAGGUCACCGAGUUCUCCUGCGGCGGGUUCGUCGUCGGGGUAACGUGGAACCACGUCCUCGCCGACGCGGCCGGGAUCGGCCAGUUCCUGCAGGCCGUCGGCGAGCUCGCGCGCGGGCUGCCGUCGCCGUCCGUGGCCCCGGUGAGGCGGGACGACGCGCUGACGGCGGUGCCUCCGCCCACCGACGGCUUCGUGGAGCUUAUGAUGACGCUCCAGCCGGCCGACAUGGCCGCGCUCGACGUCACCGUGCCAUGGGGCCUGAUCGACCGCAUCAAGGACGGCUGCAACGCCAGGGGGUCAUCAAGGUCAAGGCCGCCGUGUACGACGUUCGAGGCGGUGGCCGCGCUGCUGUGGCAGUGCCGCACCCGCGCGGUGGGGCUGUCGUCCAGCCCGGAGGAGCCCGUGGCGCUCUACUUCGCGGUGAACGCGCGGAGGCACGUCGGGGCCAGGCGCGGGUACUACGGCAACUGCGUGACCGGGCGGGUCGUGGUGGCGAAGGCCGGCGCGGUGGCCGGCGGCGACCUCGCGGACCUGGUGGGGAUGAUCCAGCGCGCCAAGAGCCAGAUACCGGAGCAGUUCGACGGCGGCGGCAAGAAGGGUGUAACUGCGGACCGCCGCGGCGUGGCUGGCCUGGCCGUGGACGGGUACAACGUGCUCAUCGUCACGAGCUGGCGGAACCUCGGGCUGGACAUGGCCGACUUCGGCGGAGGGCCGCCGGCGCGGGUGACCACCUACGCCCGGGGCAGGGUGAGGGCGCCCAACUGCGUGCCGUGCCCGGGGAACGACGCCCUCGGGUCCAGCGUCAUGGCCGCCUGCGUCAGGGAGGAGCACGCCGCCGCCUUCCUCGGAGAACUGGCCUCGAGGUCUAGGUGAUGCUGAGUUCACUGGCUCUUUUCAUUUUAAUCGCAUGUUCAGUUUGAUUUGAUUUGAAUAAUAAGAGGGUCAUUUGGGACAGUGGAGUCAUAUAGAUAGGCACGGUGCCCUACCAGAUCAGAUUCGGUUUUGUUUUAAUCUUUGAAUUUUGCAUGCUGCAUGCGCACAUGAUCAAGUUUUCAA